CACAGCGACAAAACCGCUUCGCGCCAAGCAGCUGAAGGCUGUUUUAUUUCUUAUUUGUACUUUUUUUUGUUUAAACAGUGAUUAAACUACGUGAAACGGGUCCAACAUGGAUAUCAGGCGGUUCUUUGGACCGGUGUCAGGGAAACCUGCUGUGCAGAAACCAGCCCCAAGUGAAAACAUCAAACCAAAGAAGAAGAAGAAAAAUUCACUGUCUUCAGAUGAUGAUCUGAAAAAGAAAAAGAGCACCAAGGUUAAAAGCUCCAAAACAGAAGAACCACAAAAGGGGAGUGAGAAAAAACGAAAGAAGCGUGCAGUCAUAGAAUCAGACUCAGAUGAGGAGGAGGAGCCAGUGCUGAAGUCAAAGAAAUCCUCCAAAAAGAAAGGAGCGGCCAGCAAAGCAGAACCUCCCUCUAAAAAGGAUCCUGUUCAGUAUGUUUCUGAAACAGACUCAGACAGCGACAACUUUCUGUCCUUGAAGAAAGUUUCCAAAACCAAACCGAACGGCACGGCCAAAGCCACGAAGCCAGAUCCAGAAAGUUCUCCCUCGGGAAGCAGGGAUCAGGUGAAAUCUCCCAUCAGGCCCUCCUCUAGUCAGGCCAGAGCUGGGCUGAAGAGUCCUCCUGUGCCCACGACCCCCAGGUCAGCGCCGCCUCCUCCUCCGCCCAAACAAACACCCACCUCCGUGUUCGACUACUUCGGCAUGGGGACGAUCCGCCGCUCGGACAAGAAGCUGGUAGCCAGCGCCAAACGAAAGGCGCCGACUCCAGACUCGGACGACCUGAUAAGUGACGAGGAAAUGGCUCGGCAGCUGCAGAUGGAAGAGGAGUUGGAGCUGGAAAAACAGGUCCAUCAGGACGAGGAGUUUGCCAGAACUCUGUCCAUGCUGGACUCCGAGCCGCAAACCAAGAAGGCUCGCAAAAGCUCUGAAGAGAAGCCGGGUCCGAGCACAACCCCCAAAAAGAGCAGCACGGCUCCCGCAGCCGUCGGUGGCACAGGCAGCCCCUCGAAGACCAGAGGAAGCUGGUCAGAGGUCAGGAGGAGUCCGAGGACGACUCCCGUCAAAACCAGCUCCAAACUGGCGAUGAUGAUGAAGAACGACGAGGCGAAGGAGCAAGGAGCAAAGAAAAAAACGCCCACUAAAAAUAAAAUUUCUCCCAAAAAAGAGCCUCUUACUUCACCGGUCUCAGACAUGAAGUUCACACCCAAAACAGGAACGCCACGAACAGAACCGAAAACCUCUCCCAGGAAACCUGAGGUCACAAGCAUCAGUCCUGAGGACGCAGAGAAGAAGAAGCUGCACUCCUCAGCUUACAGAAACUACCUGAACAGAGAAGGACCACGAGCUCUGGGAUCCAAGGAAAUCCCGGAGGGAGCAGAGAACUGUUUGGAGGGUUGUGUGUUCGUGCUGACGGGAGUCCUCGAGUCCAUGGAGAGAGAUGACGCCAAAACUCUGAUUGAGCGCUACGGGGGCAAAGUGACGGGCAACAUCAGCAAGAAGACCUCCUACCUGGUCCAGGGCAGAGACAGCGGAGUGUCAAAGCUGGAGAAGGCGGAGAGUUUAGGCACCAAAAUCCUGGAUGAAGAUGGUCUGUUGGACCUGAUCCGAACCAAACCAGGAAAGAAGUCAAAGUAUGAGAUUGCUGCAGAGGCAGAGAACCAUGCUUCUAAGACCAGGACUCCCCCCAGCCACACCUCAAAGAGCACCCCCAAAGCUCAGAAGAUCUCCCCCUCCAAGGGAAACUCCAGGUCUCCCCACACCCCGAGUCCAUCCAAGACCGGACAGGCGCGGGGUCACGGUUCCAGGACCGGGGACGGCGGCACGCCACCCGGGAGGGGCUCAGGUCACACGGCUCGGAGGGAGCUGGGCCUGCCUUCCUCCUCAGCCCCAGGAUCCUCCUCCCCCUCACCGACGGGGGAGAGUCUCCUUUGGGUGGACAAGUACCGUCCUCAGUCUCUGAAGGCUGUGAUUGGCCAGCAGGGGGAGCAGAGCUGUGCCAACAAGCUGCUCCGCUGGCUGCAGAACUGGAACAAACAUCACGGCAGCGGCAGCAAGCCGGCAGCAGCCAGGUUCGGUAAAUUCGGAGGAGGUAAAGACGACGGAUCAGGGUUCAAAGCUGCUCUGCUUUCUGGACCUCCAGGAGUGGGGAAGACCACCACAGCUGCACUGGUCUGUGAGGAGUUGGGCUUCAGCUACGUGGAGAUGAACGCCAGCUGCACCCGCAGCAAAAACAGUCUGAAGGAGGUGGUCGCAGAGUCGCUGAACAACACCAGUAUUGAAAAUUUCUACAAAGGUACAUCGCAGACAGUGAGCAGUAAACACGUCAUGAUCAUGGAUGAGGUUGAUGGUAUGGCCGGUAAUGAGGAUCGUGGAGGAAUGCAGGAGCUGAUAAGUCUGAUAAAAACCACAAAGAUUCCCAUCAUCUGCAUGUGUAACGACCGCAACCAUCCGAAGAUCCGAUCGUUGGCUAACUACUGCUUCGACCUGCGGUUCCAGAGACCGCGAGUGGAGCAGAUCAAGGGAGCCAUGAUGUCCAUUGCUUACAAGGAAGGCAUUAAGAUCCCGCCUCCAGCCCUCAAUGAAAUAAUCUUAGCCUCCAAUCAGGAUGUCAGACAGGUGAUCCACAACCUGAGCAUGUGGUCGGCCAGAGACAAGGUGAUGACGUACGACCAGUGCAAGUCGGACGCAGCCAGCGCCCGUAAGGACAUGAAGCUGGGCCCGUUCGACGUCUGCAGGAAGGUGUUCGCCUCUGGGGAGGACAGCACCCGCAUGAGCCUCAUCGACAAGUCGGACCUGUUCUUCCACGACUACUCGCUGGCGCCGCUGUUCGUCCAGGAGAACUACGUGCACGUCCGUCCAGCCGCCGCCCGCGGAGACUUGAAGGCACACUUGGUGCUGCUCAGUAAGACGGCCGACUCCAUCUGUGACGGUGACCUGGUGGACAGACAGAUCCGCUCGAGACAAAACUGGUCGCUGCUGCCCACUCAGGCCAUCUAUGCUAGCGUAAUCCCAGGGGAGCUCAUGAGGGGCUACAUGGCUCAGUUCCCAGUCUUCCCAAGCUGGCUCGGCAAGAACUCCUCAACUAAUAAACACGCCCGCAUCAUCCAGGAGCUGGCCUGUCACAUGAGCUUAAAGACGAUGGGCAGCAGGCAGGCGGUGAACCUGGACUACCUGCACUACCUGCGGCUGAUGCUGCUGCAGCCGCUGCAGAAGCACGGAGCGGAGGGCGCCACGCAGGCCGUGCAGCUGCUGGACCACUACCAGCUGAUGAGGGAGGACGUGGACAGCAUCAUGGAGACCAGCGUGUGGGGUGGACAGCCUGAUCCUUACUCCAAACUGGACUCCAAGGUGAAGGCGGCGUUCACACGGGCGUACAACAAAGAGGUUCACCUGACGCCGUACUCCCUGCAAGCCGUGAAGAAGGCUCGCCGUGGCGGAGGCUCGGAGUUAGGAGGGGAGGACAUGGACCCGGAUGGGAAUGGGUCCGAGGACGAAGGGGAGGAGCUCCAAACUGACGCUAUGAUCAAACAGAAGAAGACUAAAACUACGAAAGAGUCAAAAAAGAAGAAGGAAGACUCUGGGAAAGGUAAAGGAAAGGGGAAAGGCAAGGCUAAAAAGUGACAGACUCAACCUUUCCUCUGCCCCAACAUGGAUCCAGUUACAGACAUGAAAAUGAAGAGAAACUGAUAUUAAACUCAGCAACUUUCAUCGCUGAGAUCCAACAUGUUGACUGACGCCUCAUUACUGAACAAAUGUUGAUAUUAGCUGCUUGUUUAUUUAGUAUCAUGUCUGAGUACAUCUGCAGCUGUACAUCAGGAGAGUCUCAGUUUACAGUCCUGGCGCUGUGGAUGUAAAUAAUGACACCAUGACUGAGAAGACUGUUCCAUUGUUUGUUUGUUUUUUUGCCACUGCUAAAUUGCUUUUGUAUUACGGUUUAUGCCGAUUAUCUUUUUCUUGUAAAUUGCAAUUUUACAAUAGAGAAACAUGUUGCUCAUUAA